AUGAAUACGAGAGAGGAACCUGCUUCGACGUCAACCUCGGAGCAGACGAUCACCACAACAUCUGUUGAGAUUUCAGAGGAGAAUACUGGCGGGAAAACUUGCCGAUCGAAACGUGUCGUCUGCGUGAUAGAGAAGUUGAAUAUGAUCUUUCUGGUCUUUUUCGUCUGCUACCUCUCCUGGACCAUUCCUGCUAAUUAUGGAUUAUUUACGUCAAAUGAGUCUGGAGUCGACGUUAAUGGAACUAUAGGAAACUCUAAAGGCCAGAAUGAAGAGGCAAAUUCUACUGGAAGAAAAGACGAAAGCUUCACAAACUUCACAGAUUUUUAUGAGAGAACAGUUCAUCAAUUUAAUAAUCCACACACGGGUACAAAAUAUCCAUUCAAACGUCGACGCAAACAAAAGUUUAAAAAUGGACGAAAGGAUGCACCUAACCCGAAUGCUUUAGAUAAAGAACAUAGCACAAUUGUAGCACCAGAUUCCAAAUCAGAGAGGAAUAAAAAUAGAAGAAACAGAAAUAAAAAUAAAAAUACAAAGCGGAGAAAAUCCAGAAGAAAACAAAAGAAAAUUAAUUUUGACAAUGUGUUAGAACCAACGACAAUUCGACAUAUCAUAGAAACAGUAGCAAAAGAAGAGCUUGCUAAGGGAGGUAACUGGAACACUCAUAAAGGUAAUGGAGCUCCUCAAGUGACACUAAGUGUAGGGGAUAAUAGUGUUAUUGACAAACCUCAACAUUCCAUAAGGAAAAACAACAAAAAUGGAAGACGGAAGAUACCAGCCUCUGGUGGUAAAAAUCGAGGUGUUGGCAAGUGGAGCUGGUCGGAAUGGGGGCCAUGCAGCACAACGUGUGGAGUCGGACAGAAAGAAAGAAAUCGGAAAUGUGGCGUGGCAUGUAAAGAAGUGGAGUCCAUGGUUUGUUUCAUGCCAUCCUGUGAGGGCAAUGGUAAUCAGGAAACUGGAAGGAAGCAUUUCAGUAGUUUCUACCUGUGGGAAAAUGACAAUUUUGUACCGAAACCUCCAGGAAAAGAUUACAUUGAUCCAGAUGUUGACAACUGUGGCGAGUGGAUGGAUUGCAACAGAGAGGUGAUCACCGAAUACUUCAAGAAGACCGACCUGCCAUCUUGUCCCUGUACAUACCCUCUCCACCUGUCCUAUAACGAGAAGGUUUGGGACGACCAGAAGAAACAGCACUACUUGUGGCUGGACGCCAGUAGUGAAGAAGAGGCCCUGGCCACCUACAAACCUGCGGCACAACACUGCAUCCGGUCUAAACUAAUUCCCGGUACAGACACACUAGCGGCACAGCACUGUUGUUAUGAUUCCGCAACUAGACUCAUCACCAGAGGUAAAAGCGCGGGAACACCAAAUCUCAUCAGCCCCGAGAUCUCGCCAGAGCUCCAUCAAAAAGUAGAUAUUAGUCCAUGGAUUAUAUGUAAAGGAGACUGGACUCGAUACAACGAGAUCAUUCCUCCAAACAACGUUCAGGAAUGUGAAGAAAACCCCAGAAAUAAAGAAUUCCUUUGGGAGGUUAAGCAGGCCAAAAACUUCUGA